AAUUAAUUCUCCUUCCACACACGAGAUAAUUCGCACAAUGGCCUCUCGAUACUCUGUUGCUCGUGCUGCGCGCCAAUUGGCUUCUGCUAUGGCGAAAAGGCCAAGUCCUUUUGCCUGUCAGCAGUGGAAGCAGACCGCGCAGAAGCCCCGGCUAUUCACGGUGUCUGCCCAGUUGAAGGAAAAAAAGUACACCGAGGACCACGAGUGGAUUGAGGCCUCCGCCGACGGCAAGACAUACACCCUCGGUAUCUCCGAAUACGCUGCGAAAGCACUCGGUGACGUCGUCUACAUCGAACUCCCCCAGAUUGACCUCGAGGUUGGAGAGGGCGACGCCAUUGGCGCCGUCGAGUCUGUCAAGUCUGCCUCAGAUAUCCUCACACCCGUCAGCGGGACUGUUGCGGAGGUGAACGCGGCGCUGGAGCAAAAGCCGGGCGAUAUCAACAAGGAUCCUGAGGGUGAGGCUUGGAUCGCGAAGAUCACCGUCUCUGAGGAGCCUGCUGGCAAGCUAAUGAGCGAGACUGAGUACAAGAAGUUCACGGAGGAGGCAUAACUGCUGCAGAUGACACAUACCCCAUGCUUGAGUAAUGAACGAACAGAAGAGUAUUGCUAUUCGUCACAUAUUUGCUUCCAUUGAGACCGUGCGGUUUGGUUUUCUCGUCGAGUUUGUUAUGCUAAUAGGCAUCGUAGCAUUGUCUGUCUCUUGUGUGAGAUAGGAUUAGCCUUGUCCCAAAUUACGGCAUUGAGGACGGUUCGCACGCGCUGGGUGGUCUGCACAAAUCAAUCAAUCGCGGUCAGGCAGCGAGCGCCCAUGCAUCAUCAGUGGAAAGCAUCACCCAAUGACUACCCGCGAGCCGCCCAGGCCACGACAUCCACCAGACACACAGGCCCCCUAGUAUCACAGAGUGUUCGACUGCACGUCUAAAGACUAGAGCACACCUGAUCGUCACAGUCCACCGAGCAAAGACCAUUUACGCGAAGC